GAUUUGCGACUGCCUGCUUCAAUGUCUGUGAUGUCUAUUUUCAAUUAAUUUUCCACUACAGAAACUAAUUAUGUUAAGUUAUUCAAUCCGCAAAUAUUAAAGAUAGUGCACUAUUUUACUAAGCCUUGUGACAAAGAAAAAAUAAUCUACGUAAUAGACGUAAAGGGAACCACAAAAUAUUGAUUGUUGCCUAUCCAAUGAGAUGACAAAUAAUGUCAAGUGUGUUUUAAUUUAUCAAUAAAAACUUGCUGUUAAAGCUAAACGGUGACAAAAACAAACGGAAUGAAUUUGGAUAACUCUUCAAGAGAAAAUUCCGAAGCAUUAGAUUCCAUCGGUACAGUGAGCCCUCGGGAGAAGUGUCACGGCAUGAGGGAGAAAAAGUUAUCGACGGCGUCACUCACGAACACCGAGGGGGCGCGGCCGAAGGUGGUAACUGUGAAGCAUCCCGAGUCCAACAAGCCCAAGCCCACUGCCAAGAAGAACAAGCCCAUACAAGCCGAUCUCGAUGUUAUCAAAGAGUUCGUGCGAUGCCGAGAAGAGGGGGUGCGCAGACUCGAUCUCAGUAAGUCCUCUAUCACAUCUCUGCCUCCAAAUGUCCGCGACCUGACUCACCUGGUCGAGUUUUAUUUAUAUGGAAAUAAGCUGGUGGCCUUACCAGCAGAGUUUGGAUGUUUAACUAACCUUCAAACAUUAGCAUUAAACGAGAACUCCCUGACCAGCCUUCCAGAUUCCCUCGCUAAUUUACGAUGUUUGAAGGUUUUAGACUUACGUCACAACAAACUCAGUGACAUACCUGAAGUUGUGUAUAAACUUACUUCACUUACUACAUUGUUCUUACGUUUCAACAGAAUCAGAGUGGUUUGUGAUGGCAUAGCCAACCUAACAAAUCUUACUAUGUUGAGUUUAAGAGAAAAUAAAAUUAAGGAGCUAAGUUCCGGUGUUGGAAAACUUGUUAAUCUGGUCACCUUUGAUGUGUCCCACAAUCACCUGGAGCACCUGCCCCAGGAAAUUGGGAAUUGUGUAAACUUGUCCACUCUAGACCUACAGCACAAUGAUCUCCUAGAUAUACCUGAAACUAUUGGGAACCUCCAGUCACUGACACGUUUGGGCUUGCGUUACAAUAGAUUGACGGCCAUACCGUCCACUCUAAGCAAUUGCAAACAUAUGGAUGAAUUUAAUGUAGAAGGUAAUUCCAUAUCUCAACUCCCUGAAGGUCUCCUUUCCUGCCUCAAUGAACUCACCAGUAUCACUCUGUCCCGUAACUCUUUCGCUAGUUACCCUGCCGGAGGACCCGCACAAUUCACUAAUGCUUUCUCUAUUAACUUGGAACACAAUCAAAUUGAUAAAAUCCCGUAUGGUAUAUUCACAAGGGCUAAGAAUUUAACAAAGCUUAAUAUGAAAGAAAAUUUAUUGACCUCUUUGCCACUGGAUGUUGGUACCUGGGCCAACAUGGUGGAGCUGAACCUGGGCACUAAUCAGUUAACAAAGUUACCUGAUGACAUACAAUGUCUUCAGAACUUGGAAGUGCUUAUACUCUCUAAUAAUUUGCUAAAAAGAAUCCCCCCUAGUAUUGGAAGUCUUAGAAAAUUACGGGUUUUAGAUUUGGAGGAGAAUAAACUUGAAGUGUUGCCAAAUGAAAUAGGAUUCCUCCAGGAUUUGCAAAAAUUAAUAGUACAGUCUAAUCAAUUGACAACCCUGCCUCGCUCACUUGGGCAUUUGACUAACCUGACGUCACUGAGUGUGGGGGAGAAUAAUUUACAGUAUUUACCAGAAGAAAUUGGCACUCUUGAGAACCUAGAGUCGCUAUAUUUAAAUGACAAUCCCAAUUUAUGCAAUCUGCCAUUUGAGCUGGCUUUAUGUGUUAGUCUACAAAUCAUGAGUAUUGAGAACUGUCCAUUAACUGCCUUGCCCCCUGAGGUGGUGUCCUCUGGCCCGUCCCUUGUCAUCCAGUAUUUGAAGUCCCAGGGUCCAUAUAGGGCGAUGUGAUAUCAAGAUGAUUGUUUACCAGCCAGUGAGGGCACUUAAGCUUCACUUGUAUGUGAGGGGUAAACUUUCAGGCAAGUUCCAAGUAAAAAUGUAUACUCAAUAUCCUUUUUAUGAUUUGAAAAACAUGUUUUAUUGUAAUAAAAUAGCAAGAUUAUAUGUAGUAUUAACUGUUAGGAAUUUUCUAAUAACAAUAGGUAGAAGGAAAUCAAAUUUUAUAUAAUUUCCUUGAUUAAAUAAUUCCAAUAUAAACUUACCUAUUUAUGUAUGACUAAAUUGUUUCGAGCUUCCUUGAUAAUAACAAAUAGUUAUGUUAAGCAUUAGAUCUUCCCAAGGUACUGUUUAUUAUUUUAAUAAGUGUACUAAAGAUACAGUUAUACCUUUUUAAAUGAUGUUGAUCAAUGUAUAGAUAUUGUAAUUUUUGUUUAUAUGAUAAUUUUAAAAUGUUAUUUGUCUUAGCAAACAUUAAAAUAAAAUAUGUAUACUAUGUAAUGUAAUUUAUGUAAUUGCAAAUGAAUUUUUUUGUUACAUAUUAUCAUUAUGUAAGCACAAUUAUUAGUUUCAAUCAAUUUAUUGUAUAAGCAAAUGUCAAAAUAAUGAUUAUCAAUUUAUCAUGCUGCAUACACAUAAAAAUAAUCUUAUCUUUUUCUACAGGGCUAAACACUUUUUGUGUACUUAUAUGAAGUUUUAUAGUACUUCAACAUCAAAUCAUGAAUCAUGAUGUCAGCAUCUGCAGCUUGUGAAAGUAUGUUAAUAAUGUGAUGAGUCAUGCAUAAUUGUGAAGUUCUUAUUGAUCUUCCCUUAGUAAUAUGUUGUAACCAGCCGGAUCUCAACGCUUUGUCAUGUGUAGAAUAAGUUUGUGAAGAUCAUUUUGUUUACUGAUAGAAGUACGAAGUACAUAUUAAGUGUCAUAGUAGAACUUGCUCAUGUUUGUAUAGCUGUCUUUAAUGUUAUUUCGAUAGUACUGUCUAUAUUUAACAAGCAUUUGAAUAUUUUAAAUUAGUUUAAUAUCCCUUGGUAUGAUGGUAGAUAGCAGGAAAUGAGCUUAAAUUAUGAACCCAUGUCACUCAUGCCCCUCCUUCUCAUUUUCAUUCCCAACUCCUCAGCUUAUGGCCCGAUUCACGCUUCUGAUACUAGGUACUUUUCAUUUCUCCAGAUUAUACUAAGAUAGUUGAGGUAUUUAUUGAUUUUUUGUCACAAUUUAUUUGUUGUGAUGUUGUGUAAGUACUAUCAUAAAUGUUGAUAGGUGUGCUGUCCUAUUUUAUUGCAUUUAUUUUCGUAUUCAUUAAAAUAAAUAGUAUACUACAUUAAUAUUAGAUGUGUAUAUCACAUUUUGUUAAUAAUAAACGUGUAAUUCAUAUAAUUUGUGUAGUUGUUGGAUGGGAUAUGUUCUAUUCUCACAUCACAAUGUUUUAUUUGCUAAUAAUCUUUACCGGCUUUACUGGCUCUCAUGUCCAGAGCGUGAAUGCGCACAUGUUAUGGUAAGACUUGUAAAAUAAACUAUAGUUGUGCAUAUGGUCACAUUUUGCUUUAAUUUCAAAAAUUUACUAUGUUAGAUAUGAUAUAAAUUUUAUACUAGUCAUUGAGUUUUUGGUCUAUAAAAAAUAAAAAAAAUAUUUUACUACUACUUCUCUGUAGACUAUAAUGGUCAUACAUAAUCAUAAGUAAUGAUACGAAAGGGCAUGUUUGUGGUACUGUAUACUUGCUGCAGAAGAAAGUACCAUCAGCACAAUUUUUUCUCUAGAAGUCUGAGCAUUUUAGGUACCUUAUUCCAUUGCAAUAGGGUUGAAACUGUUAUGUCGCCGAUCGUACUGUUGUAGGUACUAGGAGUGUUUAAUUUAAGCCAGUCAAAUUUUGAAUCUUAGGAGAUCAAAUGGGAGGCAUAUUACCCUAACGCUA